GAUGUCAAAUUUUAAUGGAGUUGAUUUAACUAAAGAGCAUAAUAAUAGUUAGUUUUUAUUUUCCGUUUUUGUGUGAAUUAUUCGAAAAUAUUCGAAAUGCUGUACUUAGAAGACUAUUUGGAAAUGAUUGAGCAUCUUCCACAAGAGCUCCGAGAUAGAUUUACAGAAAUGCGUGAAAUGGAUUUGUCUGUACAAAAUAUUAUGGAUACUUUAGAAAAACGAUCAAAAGUAUUUUUCAGUCAGUGUCGAAGAAACGAAUUACAAGGAAAUGCAGCAGAUAAUGAGUUUGAAAAUUUAAAAAAGGAUUAUUAUAAGGUCUUAGAGGAUGCUGAUGAAAAAGUUUCACUUGCGUCUUCUAUGCAUGAGCUUGUCGAGAGAUAUUUGAGGCGCCUAGACAGUGAACUUUUUAAGUUCAAAUGUGAACUUGAAGCAGAUAAUAAUGGCAUAACAGAAGUUUUAGAAAAGAGAUCGUUAGAAUUGGAUGGUAAUAAUUCUAUGCAGAAUUUAUUGAAUCAAAAAGAAAAUCGCUUUUUUGGAUCAAUUGGAAGUGGUAGUAUCGUUCAAUCUCAGAAGGACAAGCUAUUUAGACAGAAACCUGAAAAACGUCGAGACAGUACGAGUAUUACAUCAAUUGUUGAGAAGAGACCGAACAUAAGUAAUAGUAUUAUACCAACUCAGUCAACUUCCACAGCUGUUCAGCCCAUACGAACCAUAACAUCUAAUAUCAAUUUACAUGGGACAGUUUUAAAUACUUCUCCAGUGUCUCCCAUAGUAAGUUACAACGUUCAACAUAUUAAUCAAGCUAAUAGUCAAACCUUAAAUGGCAAUGGUGCUAUUAUGUCAGCUACUCAAACUAGUAAUAUUUCAACGUCACAACUACAAAACAGAAGAAGUAUUGGUCACACCAGCUCAGUAAGUAGCGGUAAUCAUGAUUUGUUGUUAAGUAGAGAUUUGAAUAAUUCAACGCAUAUAAUUAGUAAUAUUGAUAGAGAACUGCUUCACAAUCAGCGACGGCAAAAGAAAAAAAUCAGUACGAGUGUACCUCAUCCAACAGUCCCGAGUCAGUCAAUGUCAACCACUACUAUUCAAUCAGUUUCGCAUUCCUCUAAUUUGAAUUCCGUGAUUACUGAUCCAGGUUCUCCUAGACUAAAUGAAAAUGGAAUGGUUGUAGAACAGACACCUGAUGGAGAAUGGACAUAUGAUCCAAAUGAGCCUAGAUAUUGUAUAUGUAAUCAAGUCUCUUAUGGAGAUAUGGUGGCGUGUGACAAUGAAGCUUGUCCAUUCGAAUGGUUUCAUUAUCCGUGUGUUGGAAUUACUCAGUCACCUAAAGGCAAAUGGUACUGUCCUAAGUGUACUCUUUCAAUGAGGAGAAGAAACAGAAAGAAUUAGGAUUAUUUAUUUAUAUGAAUAACGCUUCUGUGAAAAAUAAAUUUGGUUGGAAAAUAAAAAAAAACAAACCUUAACAA